AUGGAGCAUGCUUUACAGGCGCAGCAUGUUCCAAACAACCAAUAUGUGGAGUUCGCCGCAUAUCAACUUCUGGGAGAGGCCCAGCAUUGGUGGCAAGCCGAGUGCCGCUUGCUACAGCUUCAGAACGCCGAUGUUCCUUGGGAUAUAUUCCAAACGGCCUUCUAUAGGAAGUAUUUUCCUAAGUCUGCAAGGAAAGCAAAGGAGAUAAAACUUAUGCAGCUGAAGCAAGGUUCCUUAUCUGUGGCAUAUUAUACUGGCAAAUUUGAGGGGCUUUGUAGGUUUUCAAGGGUAUGUCAAGAUGUCCCAAAGACCUACGAAAGCUGGAAAUGUAUCAAGUAUCAGAGGGGGUUGAAGGAUAGCAUCAUGACUGCUGUGGCUUCUAUGGAGAUUCAUACCUUCUUUGAGUUGGUGAACAAAGCGAGGGUGGUUGAGGAAUAUGCGAAAACAGUAGCUUCGUCCAAGGAAACUCACGGAGGAAACACUAGUUGGGGACGUGGCAAGUAUUAUAAAUGGUGCAAAUACCUCAUGAUUACAGCAAACUGUGAGGCAAUUGUUUGA